AAUUGACACAGCUGGCGUCAUUGCCGGAGUGAAGGAAUUGUUUAAGGGGCAUAACGACUUACUUUAUGGAUUCAAUACUUUGUUGCCAAAAGAAUAUGAGAUAAGCCUCGAUGAGCAUGAUAAACCGCUGGAAAAGUCCGUUGAACUUAAAGAAGCUAUCCGUUUACUUCGUUUCUUUGGCCGCAGUAUGAGCCAAACAGGAGGUGGUGUUGGUUCUGGUUCUGGCUCUGGCUCGUCUCCGUGGGAAAAGUGAGUUGAGAACACUUUAUAUAUGUGUGUGUGUCUGUGUGAUGGUAAUGGGAUAGUUGAUUUUGUUAGUACCUUUAGUGCUUUUGCUUGGUGAGCAUAUAUUGAUCACGAAAUUUCUUGUGUAUGUUUGCAUGUGGUUUGUUAUAUUUU